AUGGAGACGACAUAUCCCGAACUCAUCUGGCGCCAAACCUCUCCGGGGGUAUGGCAGCGCAGCAUCGACGAGGUGGAAGAGUUCUACUCGGCCAUCGCGACCAUCUAUGAGGGAAGCGGCCUCAUGUUCUUCGCCAUCACGGGACAUGUUUCUCUCAACAUCGAAAUUCCCGACGGCAAAUCACCUGCCGAGGCAAAUUCUGCAGUGAGCCGGGCGCUUCAGAAGGCCUGGCUUUCCCUCCGCUACGACCACCCGACCAUCGCCUCCCAGGUGACACAGGAUCUUGCCACCGGACAAUGGACAAAGACCUACCGCCAGUUCCAAGACGAUGCCGACAAGGAAUCUUGGCUCAAGCAGACUCUUGUUCCAGUCUCAACCGAGCAAACGGGCUCGGAGUGGGCGAACUCCAACCCGCCUGCGCCCAAGAUCCCAACGCUGUUUGUUCUGAGCCCGCGCGCCGACAAAGACGGUGUUAUCCGCCGCGACCUCGUCCUCCGUUCGCCGCACGAUAUCAUCGACGGCAUCGGCACCCUGACACUCCUAAACAACCUCAUCGCGCUCGCCUCCAAAGCAUUCUCCGAGGCUGAUGAUUUCAAAGUUCCAAUUUUCGACGGCUCUGAGACCGCCAAUCUCAGCCCUCCCUACCGCGUCGCCGCCAACGUGCCCCCAGUCCUCACAGAUGCCCAGAAGAAGCGCCUGGCCGACAUGGCUGCUCAAAAGGCUGCGGCCAUGGAGGCCCCUGGCAUCGAGGUCCUCGACCUUCCGUACAGACGCGGCGCCACCCUCCCCAGCCGCCACCAGCGCGUCGCCUUGACGCUGACCAAGGACCAAACCUCCCGCCUCAUCGCAGCCUCCAAGGCCGCCGGGGCAACCGUCACGCACGCCUUCCACGCCGCCAUCGCGCUCGUCGUCCGCGACAUCCAGCCCCGCACCUCCGAGGCCAAGCGCGUCCGUUACGUGAACUACAUCCUCCGCAACGAGCGCGCCAGCUGCCAAUCCCCGUACAACUCCGCCAAGCACCCCGCCGCGCUGUACCACUCCGUCCCCGGCCAAAGUCUGGUCGUCGACAUGGACCUCCCCGCCGCCGGCGACGACGCUGUCCGAACGGACGAGUUCCUGCCCAUCGUCAACCUCAUGAAGGACUUCUACCACGGCGUCCGCAACGACGCGGAGCACUACGCCCUCGCAUCCACCAUCUGGGCCGCCGGCAACCCUACCGUGCCGACCCAUCCCCGACCACUCCCUGUGCCGCCCCCGAAGGUUCACCCCUCCGUGUCCAUCUCCAGCAUGGGCCGCGUCGACAGCAUCAUCGCGCCGAAGACCGGUGCCUUCGAGGCUCACGACCCAUGGGUUACCGGCGAGGAGCUCUGCAACGGACUGGGUCUGUUCCUGGGCACAUUCCGGGGCGAGUUGUGUCUGAGCGCGGCGUACAACGAUGCGUGGCACACCGAGGCGGAUGUUCUCGACUUCCUGAAGCGGUGCGAAGAUGUCGUGUUCCGCGGCUUCAACCUCUAA